UGCUACAAUGAAUGCAAUCAGUACUUGUGGGUGACUGAGCCGUGGUCUGCCUGCAAACUGCACAGCGAGGAGAAGACGGCUAACUGCGGGGCGGGAAUACAGAUCAGGAGAGUGCGAUGUGUGAAUAUUUCUGAAAAUGCAGAAGAUGCUUUUGUAAAUGAAACCUAUUGCAACCACCUGGAAGCUCCUACGGCCAGGCAGCAGUGUAGCAUUUUUUGCCCUGGGGAAUGUGUGAUGUCUAACUGGGGUCAGUGGAGCCAAUGCGCAAAGUCAUGCGACAUCAACUCUACGAGGUCAAGGACGAGAUUUCCACUGAGAAUUCCGACUGACGGGAAGACUUGUCCUGAGGAUGUGGAGACUGAGCUCUGUGUCCUGAACAGUAAUUGUUUCCACUACCAGUAUAAUGUCACAGAGUGGAGCGCCUGUCAGCUGAGUGAAAAGGCCGUCUGCGGAGAGGGAAUAAAGACUCGCCUUUUAGACUGCACCCGCAGCGAUGGAAAAUCUGUAAAAAUGUCCUUUUGUGAGCAGCUUGGAUUGAGGAAACCUGAAAAGCAGAGUCUUCGCUGUCUGAUAGAAUGUUCCAUUGACUGUCAGGUCUCUGACUGGUCAGCCUGGUCAUCCUGCUCACAAACGUGUGGAGUCGGAGGUCAGCAGAUGCGAUCCCGCCACAUCAAGAUGCAAGCUGAAGCAGAUGGGAGACCUUGUCCAGUGCAACUCCACCAGUACAGAAGUUGUACAGUUUACCCCUGCUAUUCCUGGAACUUUGGGGAAUGGUCAGUGUGUAAAGUGGAGAACGGUCAGUGUGGAGAAGGACUGAAGUCCCGGAACCUGACGUGUUUGGCGCACAACGCCUCCUCCUCCGCUGUGAAGCUACAAGUAGACCCCAAAUUCUGCGGUCAACUGCCAAGAGAGGAAAGUGCACUGAGUCUGCCCUGCCACGUGCCCUGCCCAGGUGACUGUCAUCGCACAGAGUGGUCAGGCUGGAGCGCCUGCCAGGUCGCCUGCAUCGACGGACGCAGCUUCGAAACCAGCGGUCGCCAGUCCCGAUCUAGAACCUUCAUUGUCCAGUCCUCCGAGAACCAGGAAAACUGCCCAAAGCCCGUCAUCGAGACUCGGUCAUGCACAGGGGGAAAGUGUUUCCGAUACUCGUGGAAGAUGAGCCCCUGGGUAGAUAAUGAGAGGACGGUGUGGUGCCAGCGCUCGGACGGAAUAAACGUCACAGGAGGCUGCUCUUCCAAUUUCCGGCCGGCAGCUGUUCGACACUGCGAUCCACCCUGCAAAAAACCCUUUUCUUAUUGCAUGCAGAGUGGAGUCUGUGGCUGCGAGAACGGGUACACACAGAUCAUGAGAUCUAGCGCGGUUCUCGACUACUGCUUGAAGGUCCCGGGCAUCGAGUCCAAGAAGGCCGAUGUGAAAACAUUCAUUCCAAAGAGCAAACCCAUCAACUCCAAACUCCCGGAGAUAUUCAACUGGUCCAUUCAGCUAUUUGACCAAGAUGGAAGGGUGAGUCUCUGGGUCUACGUUGUAGGUGUCGGGAGCUUCCUCAUCUUGGUUUUUCUCAUCAUUAUUUCUUAUCUAGUCUGCAAAAAGCCACCAGAACCAAAAACGGUAUUUCCUCAGCAAAAGCCCCUCACCUUGGCCUAUGACGGAGAUUUUGACAUGUGACUUACAUCUACAUGUUGGAGCCUUGAUAUUCAGCUGCCUUAACUGCUCCUCUGUAUGAGAAGAUGGCAUCCUCCCAAGGUUUAAAAAAUAAAUAAAUUAAAGCAGUUCGCCUAGUUGAAAUCUAAAUUUGUCCUGUAGGAAUCUGCAUUGAAACGAAGUAUGAGACAAUAUGGAAGAUGUGGAAUGGAGUACCGGUGGCUCGUACCCUAUUUGGCUCUGUGGACUCUGGCUCACUUUGGACUCUUGUGAACCAAGAGGAAAAAUUGCAAGAUCGGUUUCAAUGCAUCUUGAUCCAUAGGAUGAGGUUUUGAUGCCCAGUUAAACCAUUUUAGGCACAAAAUGUCACUUGAGGAAUUGACCUUUGUGGCCAGGUGAUGAUGAGGGAACCUG